AUGACUGCAUCACUAUACAAUAUUUCAGCUAAUUAUGAGGGACUGAGGUCCACGGCAACGGAGGAUCGGAUCAAACUGUUGUGGGACUAUUAUCCGGCAACCAUACCACUCUUAUCGGUGCUCAUCUCCUUGGUCACAGUCCCGUGUAUUCUGAUCCUCUACGCAUUACUGGCCUUCUGCACAUAUGACGUUCAUGAAGACCCUCCAGAACGUGUUCCGUUUGUUAUGGACAUCAUUCGUCUCGUACGGCUUCCAUUGGUACCAUGGUCAUUUGUCCUUUUGUCAGUCGACUGUGGCAUU